ACCGUGCGCCACUGAACUGCCGGCGACCCCUCGUGCCGUGCAGUGGUACGUCCCUCAGCUGGAGCGCGAGAGAGGUUCAGAUUGAGCGGAGAACAGGAGGAUUUAAAUACCUCUAAGCGGGCGACCUGCUCAGCCCUUCGGGUGUGGGAGGGUGACUGUUUUGUGUCUUUGCGAGACCGGGGGAGCAGGGGGUGGAGGAGGAGGAACGGAUAAUGAGCUAUUCUUGUACUAACACAGGCAACAGCCAGGACCCAUCGAGCUCUAAGAAGUCCGGGAGCGUUAAUCCCGGUAGUUGCAGCAGCGGAGACACCGGCAACGGCAAUAACCGCCACAUUAUCCGCGGCAGCAUAGCGAACUCGAACCCUGAUAUAUCCGAGGCCAUGAGGGUCAAGAAGGGUUGCAACACGACAGACGUCGGGGUCCCAGUCACCACAGAAGAGGAAUUGCAUGCGAACGAAACGAUCACCCCAGAGGAUGUGCUGGGAUUACAGAAGAUCACUGAAAACUAUCUGUGUAGUCCAGAAGACAAUGUAUACAAUAUAGACUUCACACGGUUCAAGAUCAGGGAUAUGGAGACAGGAACAGUACUGUUUGAGAUCACCAAACCUCCAGGCACAGAUAAAGGAGAUAAACGAGAUGUUGAUCCAAAUGCUGGACGGUUUGUACGUUAUCAGUUUACGCCAGCUUUCUUACGCCUACGUCAAGUAGGAGCCACUGUUGAAUUCACAGUAGGGGACAUCCCCAUCAAUAACUUCCGGAUGAUCGAGAGGCACUAUUUCCGUGAACAGCUGCUGAAGAGUUUCGACUUUGAGUUUGGCUUCUGCAUCCCCAGCAGCAAGAACACCUGUGAGCACAUCUAUGAGUUCCCCCCGCUCUCAGAGGAUCUCAUGCGUGAGAUGAUCCUCCAUCCUUACGAGACGCAGUCUGACAGCUUCUACUUUGUGGACAACAAGCUGGUCAUGCACAACAAAGCAGAUUAUUCGUACAGCGGAGGCCCUUAGGACAGCCGUGGGAGGGGACUGAGGCAGAGAGUUUGACUGACAGACCUAAGAACCAAUCACGUGUCUUUGUCCAGCAGUCACACCCUCCUUGAAUCAGUGUCAUAGACGACCACCUGCAGUGCGCCAUGUCUGUUUGUGAGGUCUAGAAAGUCAUAUGAGAAGGUCUUAUCCAAUGCAUACAUAUCCUGUUCUGAUUUCACACUGCCAUCAUUCACAUCAGCAAAUAUAGAGUGUUUCUUUUGUAUGAGCAAGGCACUGUAAUGUGAAUGGUACUUAGGAUUUCUAUUCAUCAUGUGCAUGCGUGUGUAUGUAUGGGUUUUCAUUCUAUGAUUUUGUGUGUGUGUGAGGAGGGUGUUUAACACUGAUAAGAUCAUUAUAUAUUGUUGAUGUUAAUGAGUACAAGCUACAUCAUAUUUCAUGAAACUUUUCAUCCUAAAUAGCAUAUAUUAUAUUAUUUUAUGGUGAGACCUUGACAUAAUUGAUAGAUUUGUGUUGCAUUAGAUAUAUUUUGAUACGUGAGCAAACUUAAUUUUGAGAUGUUGAUUAUUUGUGUGGAUAAAAACAAAAAACGAGCAAAAAAAUGAAGUCAAAUCAGUUGAAACUUUCAUGGACCUGUCGAAACGAAUGACUUGCAUUCGAAGGUCUGUAUAAAGUUUCUGAUUAUACAUAAUUUACUCUGCAAACAAGAGAUUGUGUAGAUAAAACAACGAUGUGAAAAAUGCCUACUGGAAAGGGAACACUGCACACGUUACAAGCCUUGACAUUUCAAACGUCUGCUUCGUGUGGUUUCUUUUUGUCUUCGUACAAAACAAGAGGAAAGAAAUGGUCAUAUUGAGCUGUUUAAAGAACAGUAGUUCGAAGAGAGCAAGAGAUGUGAUCUCUUCUCAUUUCUCCAUCUAGCAUUCCCUUUCUCACACAUUCCAGCGAGCCAGGCCCUUUGUGGCGGUUUAGUGCACAUAGCAGAGAUUAGAUUUAAUAUCUUAUCCAAGUAUGUGCUGUAUCUAUGAUCCUUGUAUUCAGAGUGCAAACAGUGCUUUUAGGAGAAUGAUUUACCUAUUUUUGAUUUAUGAAUAAUGAGGAGGCUUUCAAAGACUUCAGUAAGUGUGUAAAAUGGAGGAAUAACUUGAAAAAUAUUUCUAGUCAGAUGUAAUAUGUGCUUUAUUUAUGAUUGUGAUUUAUUGUAAAUGAUUUUGGAGGGGGAAGGGGAGAAAAUGAAAUGUAUGUUUUGGACAAUUAAAUGCCAGUCUGGAAUAAAAUAAAUAAAUGUA